AUACUUCCUGACUGACAGCUCGAGGAAAUGAUGUCGCUAAGUUGAGAGCUGUCACUUUCACGACAGAAGUCUCAAACAUGUAUUUAGUUUUAGGACUGGCAGGUAAAAUAUCACUGUAGUUGAGAGAUUCCACCGCUUUCACGUUUCCAACGCGCCAUGUGGAAUUGAACGCUUCCUGCCACUCCCGGUGCAUUCUGGGUGAAGUGGGUAAACAGUAGUGAGUUGACGAUAUUAAGGUGAAGUGUUUCACUUGUUAGACCCAUUUACAAGGUUAAAUCGUCCGAAUGAUUGGAUUACAGCUUUACUCGUGAGAUCGAAAGCAUUUAAACACUCCUUCUGCUCGCUCGGCUCAAACAAACAACAAAGCAGAGAGGUGUGGCUUAAAGCUGGAGCCAAAAUGGACAGCACAGGACGCCAGUUGCACAUUCUGCACUGAUUCCUCCAGCGAUCACUAGCAAGGCUCUGCUCUGUACUUGCUAGCUCAACGAGGAACUGCCACAGAGAAGAAGAAGGGAACUCGGGGACAGUUGAAGAUGGCUGAACUUGAGCAACACGAAGGCGCACAGGACAUGGAUAAGAAGAUUGAAGAGACGAGACUGAGAUUCAAGAAUGAGUUCCUCCAAGACUCGGCAGAGAAAUAUGACUCCAGAGAUGUGGACAGGCUUGAAAAAGAUGAUGCUCUAGUGGAGGGCUACCUCACAUGGAGAAUCUAUGUCGUUGAUGAUGCCCUGAAAAUGAUUGAUGACAGUUUUCAAUGGAGAAAAGAAUAUGGUGUGAAUGAUCUCAGUGAGAGCAUCAUCCCCAGAUGGAUGUUUGAAACUGGUGCCGUCUACCUCCAUGGCUAUGACAAAGAAGGCAACAAGCUCUUCUGGUUUAAGGUGAAGCUUCACGUCAAGGAUGCAAAAACCCUCCAGGAUAAGAAGAAGUAUGUUGCCUUCUGGCUGGAGCGCUAUGCAAAGAAAGAACCUGGGAUGCCUCUCACUGUCGUGUUCGACAUGGCAGAAUCUGGACUCAGCAAUAUAGACAUGGAUUUUGUGAGGUACAUUAUCAACUGCUUCAAAAUAUACUAUCCAAAGUUUUUAUCCAAAAUGAUCAUCGUGGAUAUGCCUUGGAUCAUGAACGCUGCGUGGAAGAUUGUGAAAUCUUGGCUGGGUCCUGAGGCAAUCAGCAAGCUCAAGUUUGCAUCCAAAUCUGAGAUUCCAUCCUACAUAGGUCUUGAGUAUCUGCCACCUCACAUGGGUGGAACGGAUCCCUUCAAGUACAGCUACCCUCCUCUCCCUGAUGACGACUUCCAAACACCAAUCUGCGACAACGGACCUAUUAUGAGUGAGGACGAGGCGGAGAGCAAAGAGGGUGAACUGGAGGGCAAAGAUAACCUUGAGUCCAGCUUCAACUCUGAGGUUGCGGUAAAGCCCAAAAAGGUGAACUUUGUGGAGGACAGUUUGAGGUCAGAGGACAAUGAUAAAGGAGAAACGAGCAGCAGGACCAAAGGGGUCAGGAAGCCACUGACCACAUUCAAAGGCCCUCUGCUUGAUGUCAGCCCAGCAGAGGAGCUCAGCUUCGGUUCUGGGGAGACAGAAAAAAAAAGCCUCAUUAUCCUGAGCAAUGUGACCAAAAACCAAGUGGCCUUUAAGGUACGGACCACAGCACCUGAGAAGUACAGAGUGAAGCCCAGCAGCAGCAGCUGUGAAGCAGGGGCUUCAGUAGACAUAGUCGUGUCUCUACAUGGAGGUUCUCAGGCCUCUCCACAGGACAGAUUUUUGGUUAUGGCUGCAGAGAUGGACAACGCUGGAUCACAAGAACUUGCACAGUUCUGGAAAGAAGUACCAAAAACUAAGAUCAUGGAGCACAGGUUGCGCUGUUAUGUUCUGGAGAGUGCAAGAUCAACAAUGGGUCCCCUCAAGGACAGCCUGGUGGAGACGGGGACCAGUGGGCAGCAGGAAUUAAACACGACGCUCAUGCGAGUCAUGGCCAGCAGCUCACGGAUGGAGCAGAAGCUGAAUACAUGUCUGUGGGUGCAGAAGGUGCUCGUCAUGUUGGUGCUGGUCCUCGUGGUGCUUAAUCUGCAAUGUCUUUACCUCCUGGGUACGUCUUGACCGGCAGCUUCCUCCACCUGCAGUCUGUCCACCACAGACCGGUUCCAGCUGGGAAAAAGGUCAACCACCUGAAAGAAGGUCGCCCUGUACUCUCCCUUCCCUCCCCCCUAUCCUCCUCACAGGCUGCUGUCACUUCAGGGAGGGGUGCUGACUUUAGGGAACAAGUGAGUUGUUGAAGUUUCUUUGAGAGAAGACCAAAGUGGUCUGUUGUUUUUUGGCACUUGACAGUUAAUAUAACUUUUAAUAAUGUGACAUCAAAUCAAUUAUGUAUUUUUUAAGACCUCAUGGUAAAAUAAACAUGUAUUUAUUGCAAAACACAAAACAUGUAGGAAAAGAAAGCUAUUUUUGAUCAUUAUGUACAAUUUUUUUAUAAUGUAUAAAGCUACAGAUUAUAAAAUAAACAUCUUUUGUCAAUCUA